AAUCUCUGUGCCUGAUAUUGCAUCAAACAGUGCACUGAUUAAUGAGUAUUGUUGUGUACAUUGAUGAAUACAAAUUAGUCUUUGUGUGGUGGACGGCUGUUGCCGUUACACUCCCAUUGGCCCUGGUUUAUUUAUUAACUUGUAUAAUGUUACUCUGGUAAUGUUUGGAUCAACUCGCUUUGGCGUUGACCGUUACUGUAAAAAUGUGCGUACUUCCGGUCCUUCAUGUUUGAAAGUCAGGAAAGACAAACACGGGAUUUUGGUUUCGAUAUCCCGUCGUUCUAAAAUGCAGACGCAGCUUUUUGUCCGCCUCACUCCGGUUAAAGAUAAGUGUUGUUUGAACAGCAGAAGAGCUUUUUAAUAUAUGUUAUAUAUAUAUAUGAUAUAUGUAUAUAUCAAAUAAAUUAUUCCAACAAUCCAGAAGAACCAGCCGCCAUUAUGGAGGGAGAGAAGAAGGAGGGAAAAAUGGCGACAUGUUCGCGGAACUUAAAAGCUUGAAUAUCGUCAAACUGUAGAAACGGGUGUUUGUAGAAUGCGUCGGUCGCUCUUCUGUGCGGUCCUCUGUGUCUCCGUCCUCGUCACUCCAGGGACGUGUUGUCCGUCCAAGGAGUACGAACUACCGGGCGGCCGGUGCUGUCCGAUGUGCCACGAAGGUUCAGUGGUUAAAAGAGACUGCACCCCUCAUUCAGGCACGCGGUGCGUCCCCUGUGUGGACGGGACGUAUAUGGACCAACCCAAUGGGCUGACUAAGUGCUUCUCCUGCAGCUCCUGUGACCAAGGCCGUGGUCUCUUUGCCAAACAGAACUGCACAUCAACAAGUGACACCGUCUGUGACGUCAUCGCUGGUCACUUCUGCACGGACCUGAUAGAAGAUAAAGAAUGCCGUUCGGCACGCAGACAUUCAGACUGUGAACCUGGUCACAGGGUCAAAGAGCCUGGGACCAGAAGAACUGACACAACGUGUGAACCUUGUCCCGCAGGCAGUUUUUCACCGGAGGGUGUGAAUUGUUCACUUUGGACCACUUGCUCAGAAAACCAAGUGGAGGUCAAAGGAGGAAACCUGACCAGUGACACUGUUUGUGGAGCUGCUUCAGGAGGCCUUUACUGGUUAAUAGCUGUAGCUGUAGUUGUACUUGUAAUGGUACUAAUAGGAACACUGGUUGGCCUCUGGAUCAAAAGGAGAAAUCAAAAGAACCAACAGUUUCAGGCUGGGCGAGCAGGUUUCCACGGUUACCUCGGCGGAGUCUGGUGGCUGCCUGCUGUCACACCUGUUGUGCAUCUACCAUUGUCAGGAACCCUUCUUAAGGAGCAGCAGGAGCACCAGUCUUCAGCAGAUCGCUUUGCCCUCCGUGUGCCUCGUCCGAGCCUUGUUCCUCCCGAGUCUGAAUGCUUCCCUUCUCAUCUCACCCGCCACAACUCCGGAAAACUCCCUCCAGCCGGUCAAGUCGCUACCUCUCCAUCCAGUGUGGUUUCCACCAGAUCACAUUGCUCCUGCCGCCCGGCCCCUUGUGCUUACCUGUUUUCUCCAGCGUUCCCCCGGCCACGGUUCAGCGCUGCUUAUGGAAAUCCCACUUCUGCUGAAAUAAAAUUAUUUUUUCAUCCACUGAAUCCUGCUGUUGAGUCCUACCUUUGUUUGGGCUGUCACCCCGGGACACAAACAGAAAAGAGACUCAAUUCUGGUUGGCGUAGAUGCCGAAAAGGCGUUUGACAGGGUGAAUUGGAC